UUCCUCCACGACAGGAGGGGGGGAGCCAGGAUGUAUAAAUGGGGACCAGGAGGCAGCAGAGGCACCGACCCCUGGGAAACUGCCUUGCUGUGCCCUCUCUCGCAUCCCAGGCAUCCCUGUCCGUCAUGGCCAAACGCCCACUGCUGCUGCUGCUAGCCAUGUGGACACUGGCUGGGGGGCUAUGGCUGGGGGCCGAGGCCCGGGCAGCACCCUACGGAGUGAAGCUUUGCGGGCGGGAAUUCAUCCGGGCGGUCAUCUUCACCUGCGGAGGCUCCCGGUGGAGGCGAUCAGACAUCCUGGCUCACGAAGCAUUGGGGGACGCCUUCCCCGAUGCAGACCCAGAUGCAGACAGCGACUUGGAUGAGGCAGUGGCCUCCAGCGAGUGGCUGGCCCUGACCAAGUUCCCCCAGGCAUUCUAUGGGGGCCGCCCCGGCUGGCAGGGAACUCCAGGAACUCUGCGGGGCAGUCGCGAUGUCCUGGCUGGCAUCUCCAGCAACUGCUGCAAGUGGGGUUGCAGCAAGAGUGAAAUCAGCAGCCUCUGCUAGACUGGAAACCUGGGUGGCCAGGGGGCAUGCUGGGCACCUGUCUGACCCCUCGUACAUUCACUCAUCAGCGAGUCACGGAGGCCAGGCGCUAGGGACUCAACACAGUCCCCUCCAACAAUCCUGACCUUAGACCAGCCUACCUUGACCCUGAGCAAGCUGUACCCUACUUGGCAAAACGGGCACCCCCGAUCCUGACCUCCCCAGCCCAUAUCACGCUGUUGUCUGGAUUAUGCUGUUCCCUGUGCUACGGUGCCCCUACUCUACGCAAACUAGCCAUACUGCGGCCCUUGCCCAAACUGUGACUUUCUCCCGCCCCAACUGUGGCCACUGUCCCCUGGCCAGCCCAAAUGAUGCUCUUGCUCCAGCCCAGCCUUUCUCUGCCUUCCAGCCCCUCUCCCUCCAGCCCCACCUGCUGGGAUUCUAAGGCUGUGGAUCCCAGGGUUGGUGGCAGGACCCCUAGGUUCUCUUUAUAGCCUGGGGUGGGCGGCUGGAUACGCGGAGGGAUCAGAACCUUCCCUAACCCCAGUAAUAAAAGU